AUGAGUAAUAAUCUAUAAGAUCAAUAAUAAUAAGAUAAUGAUAGUGAUGAAGAUACAGAAAAUCCAUAUGUACCUAAACCAUAUAUUUCGAAAACUGGCGAUUCGGGCGAAGAGACUUUAAAAGAAAUCCAAAAUUUCUAAAUAAAGCGAAAUCGUCCAAAAAUAAAGAUGCAAUUUAUCAAAAAACGUAAAGAAUUCGGCUAACAAUGUAAACUAAUAGAAACCGACGCAAACGAAAAAGCUCUUGAAAUAAAAUAACAAAAUGAUCCUUUUGCACACAUUAAAAAUAAGGUAAUAGAUAUUGGUUUAUAAGCUAGUAAUCCAUUUACAUCUUCAUCUACAUAAACAACCUGGAGUCGACAUGUAAAUUAAGCUUUGUAAUUAAAACAUGAAUUCAAUAUUGUGGAAAUGGAGGAUGAUAAUAAUGAUUUAUUAAAGUUUUUAGACAAUGUAUACCCUUUAAUGGAAGAAGCUCUUUAAUCUAACGAAACAAUCGAUAUAUAUCAAAACGAUUUCGAUUUAUUUAACUCAGAAGACAUCACCACAGAAGGAUCAGAACUGUCUAAUACUAUAAAAGAAUUAAAAACAUUCUCUUAUAUAAACUCUAAAGGCAGAAAAGUAUCAUCAAUAGAAUUCCAACCUCCAAAUUAAUCAAAUUAAAAAGGAAAAUUUAUUGCAGCUUCUUUUGUUGAAAAUUUAAGCUUUGAAGAAAGAGUAGCUUUUUAAUAAAAAUCGCACAAAUUUAUGAUUGUUUUCUGGGAUUUUUCAGAUUAACAUUCUAUAGACCCUAUUCUAACUUUAACAACACCAUUAGAAAUUAUAACAUUUUAAUUUAAUCCAAAAGAUCCUAAUAUAAUAAUAGGUGGAGCUAUUAAUGGAUAAAUUUUAAUGUGGGAUCUUGGACCUAGUAAUAUUAAUAAUUUAUUAGGAAAAAAAGGUUAAAAAAUGACUAAAGAUAAAAGUGAAAUUCCAGAACUUAAUCCUAUGAUUAUGUCUUGUUUAUAAGAUCCUGCCAGUGCAUCAGCACCUAUUACUAAUGAAGUUAUCAAAAAAAAUGUUAAUUCUCAUAAAAAUCCAGUAUUGAGUUUAUAAUGGUUACCAACUACUAUUGAAUUUAAUUCGAAAGCUAUACUUAAUUUAAUUGUUCAUCCAAAUGGAGGAGAAUGUCAUUAAUUUGCUUCUAUUUCUUGUGAUGGUUAAAUUUUAUUUUGGGACAAAAGAUUUAAUUAUAAUGAGCCUAAAAAAAAUUUUGAUAUAAAUACUCAUUAAUGGAAAGCAAAUUACGGUUUAUAAUUAAUCCGUCCUGAAGGAGGUGGAAUAAUGGGUGGAGCUUAAAUAAAAUUCCGCAAAAACUAAAAAAUAGCACAGUUUACAGGAACAUCAGACGAAGGUGAAUUAUUCUUAGUUGAUUGGACAGCAACAAAUGCUGGAGGAGUAGGGACAGAUGAAAAAGUUUUAAAAAUAUGGUAAUAAGAGCGUUCAUAUAGACCUCCUGUAGGGCUAGAUGUAAGCAAUUUCUUCGAUGAUAUAAUAUUAACGUUACAUGAUUUUAACUUCUCAAUAUGGAAACAUGACGUUGAUGUCCCAAUCUUCGAUUCCGCAAUAAUAAAAAACGGAUAAAUUACAUGUGGGUAAUUUUCACCAAGUAAACCGAGUGUUGUAAUUAUAGGAUUAAAUGAUGGACAUAUUCAUAUUUGGGAUUUUCUUGAUUAAUCUCAUAAAGCUACAUUAAUUUACCAUGUAGGAGCAAAAGCUAUUUCGAAUAUAAGAUAUAAUGAUCAUUAACCUUAAUGUUUGGCUGUAGGAGAUGCUGAUGGAACAAUCCAUAUUUUAGAAUUGCCUUAUUCUUUAUGGAAAAAUGUAGGUGAAUAAGAAAAAACAAUGAAAGAAUUUUGGAAUAGAGAAGUUUUAAGAGUUAAUUAUUUUAAAGUAAGAUUUUAAAAUAGAGAAGAGGAAUUUAAAAAAGAAAAAGAAUUUAAAGAUUUUUUAUAGGCUGAAGAAUAUAAUUAAAAAAAAGAUGAAUCUUAAUAAGACGAAGAUGAAUAAAUAGAACGAGAAUAUUAAGAAUUUGCAAAAUCAUAUAUGAAUGAAGUUAUAUAUGGAAUAAAAACUGAAAAAGAAGAAGAAAAAGAAAAAAAAAAAAAAUGA